CUCUGACCGGAUAUGAGAAGUUUCUCGCAGACAGUUUUCUGACAGCUGGACUUCGUGUUUGUUUUCUUUCAGUAAAGCGAAGGCGGGUGAUGAAGUGAGUUUCUCUGAGCUCUGAGGGUCUGCUAAAGCUCGUCAUCAUGGGGAACCGCGGGAUGGAGGACUUGAUUCCCCUCAUUAAUAAGCUGCAGGACGCCUUCAGCUCCAUCGGCCAGAGCUGCAAUCUGGAGCUGCCGCAGAUCGCGGUGGUCGGCGGGCAGAGCGCCGGCAAGAGCUCCGUGCUCGAGAACUUCGUGGGAAGAGAUUUUCUGCCGAGAGGAUCAGGAAUAGUCACUCGCAGGCCUCUGAUUCUCCAGCUGGUGAACAGUAAAGCUGAAUAUGCAGAGUUCCUGCACUGUAAGGGCCGCAAGUUUGUGGACUUCGAUGAGGUCCGGAUGGAGAUUGAAGCAGAAACAGACCGAAUCACUGGAUCUAACAAGGGAAUCUCUUCAGUGCCGAUUAACCUGCGCGUUUACUCGCCCAACGUGCUGAAUCUGACGCUGAUCGAUCUUCCGGGCAUGACGAAGGUGGCGGUGGGCGACCAGCCGCAGGACAUCGAGUACCAGAUCCGGGACAUGCUGAUGCCGUUCAUCUCCAAAGAGAACUGUCUGAUUCUGGCCGUCACUCCGGCUAACAUGGACCUGGCCAACUCUGACGCGCUCAAGAUCAGUAAAGAGGUGGACGCUCAGGGUCUGCGCACCAUCGGUGUGAUCACCAAGCUGGACCUGAUGGAUGAAGGAACCGACGCCAGAGACAUCCUGGAGAACAAGCUGCUGCCGCUGCGCAGAGGUUAUAUCGGUGUGGUGAACCGCAGUCAGAAGGACAUUGAUGGCAGGAAGGACAUCCGUGCGGCUCUGGCUGCUGAGAGGAAGUUCUUCCUGUCCCAUCCAGCAUACAGACACAUGGCAGAGAGAAUGGGCACACCGUACCUGCAGAAAACACUCAACCAGCAACUGACGAACCACAUCCGCGACACACUGCCGGCGCUGCGCAGUAAACUGCAGUCUCAGCUGCUGUCGCUGGAGAAAGAGUUGAAGGAGUACAAGAACUUUAAACCAGACGAUCCUGCGCUCAAAACCAAAGCCCUGCUGCAGAUGGUCCAGCAGUUCGGUGUGGACUUUGAGAAGUGUAUCGAGGGCUCUGGAGAUCAGGUGGACACUCUGGAACUCUCCGGCGGAGCUCGAAUAAACCGUAUCUUCCACGAGCGAUUCCCCUUCGAGCUGAAGAAGAUGGUGUUUGAUGAGAUGGACUUGCGGAGGGAGAUCAGUUAUGCCAUCAAGAACAUUCACGGAGUCAGGACGGGGCUCUUCACCCCAGAUCUGGCCUUCGAGGCCAUCGUGAAAAAGCAGCUGAUAAAGCUGAAGGAGCCGUGCCUCAAGUGCAUCGACCUGGUCAUCCAGGAGCUGAUCAACACGGUCAGGCAAUGCACAUUGAAGCUGAACUCGUAUCCUCGGCUGAGAGAAGAGACGGAGAGAAUCGUCACCACACACGUCAGAGAGAGGGAGAGCAAAACCAAAGAGCAGAUGAUGCUGCUGAUCGACAUCGAGCUCUCCUACAUCAACACAAACCAUGAAGACUUCAUUGGAUUCACCAAUGCUCAGCAGAGAAGUGCCGCCGUCACUAAGAAGCAAACCGUUCCCAAUCAGGUGAUCCGCCGUGGUUGGCUGACCAUCAACAACAGCUUCAUGAAGAGUUGGUCCAAGGACUACUGGUUCGUGCUGACGGCGGAGUCUCUGUCCUGGUACAAGGAUGAGGAGGAGAAGGAGAAGAAGUUCAUGCUGCCGCUGGAUAACCUGAAGCUGCGGGACGUGGAGAAGAGCUUCAUGAGCAACAAACACACCUUCAGCAUCUUCAACACUGAGCAGAGGAACGUGUAUAAAGACCAGCGUCAGAUCGAGCUGGCCUGCACCACUCAGGAGGAUGCGGACAGCUGGAAAGCCUCUUUCCUCAGAGCGGGAGUCUAUCCUGAGAAUGACCAGAACGAGGACGCAUCAGCAGACUCUCUCUCCAUAGACCCUCAGCUGGAGCGUAAGGUUGAGACCAUCAGGAAUCUGGUGGACUCGUACAUCAGCAUCGUCAACAAGACCAUCCGAGACCUGAUGCCCAAAACCAUCAUGCACCUGAUGAUCAACAGCGUGAAGGAGUUCAUCUACUCUGAGUUGCAGGCGUACCUGUACUCGUCAGGUGAUCAGAACAGUCUGAUGGAGGAGUCGGCGGAGCAGGAGCAGCGGCGGGACGAGAUGCUCCGCAUGUACAACGCUCUGAGAGAGGCUCUGAAGAUCAUCGGGGACAUCAGCACAUCCACCGUCACCAUACCUAUGCCUCCGCCGGUGGACAAUACCUGGAUACACACUGACCCCAGUCCUCCAUCUCCACAUAAGCCAUCAGCAGGAUCAGCCCCGCCCCCUUGUCAUGCUCCUGCAGUGCGAGGCCCCACCCCUGGAGCUCCAGCCCCGCCUCCUCAAAACCCCUCCCCUGCCUUUGGAGCUCCGCCUGUUCCCUCCAGACCCUCUACACUGGAGCCAGCUGCAGCUUCGCCCCCUCAGGUACCAUCCCGCCCUGCACAAGUCCCGCCCACUCUGCCACCCGAGAUACCCAGUUCUCCGUCUCAGCAUAAGCCAUCAGCAGGAUCAGCCCCGCCCCCUGGUCGUCCUCAUGCAGUGCAAGGCCCCACCCCUGGAGCUCCAGCCCUGCCUCCUCUAAACCCCUCCCCUGCCUUUCGAGCUCCGCCUGUUCCCUCCAGACCCACUACACUGGAGCCAGCUGUAGCUCCACCCCCUCAGGUGCCGUCCCGCCCUGCACAAGUCCUGCCCACUCUGCCACCCGGGAUACCCAGUCCUCCAUCUCAGCCUGUUCCCUCCAGACCCACUACACUGGAGCCAGCUUCAGCUCCGCCCCCUCAGGUGCCAUUCCGCCCUGCACAAGUCCCGCCCACUCUGCCACUCAGGAGACCUCCAGCGACUCCAAACAGACCCACAAUCAUCCGCCCGUCAGAACCAUCUCUGCUGGACUGAAGAAUGAGCUGCACACCAGUGCUAGACAUCAACACACACACACACACACACACACCAGAGGAGAUGACAACAAAACACACAUGUGCAUACACACACACACACACACACUAGAGACAAUGCACACGUCAGAGCACACACACACUACACCAGAGGAGAUAACAACACACAAUACUCAGACACACACUAACACACACACACACGCUACUCAUAAACACACACAAGCCUUGCCAAAAAAGACAAGAACACACACACACUAACACACAUCAUGUCAGAUGAGACCACAACACACACACACACGACAACAACACACAAGCACACACAUUACACCAGAGAUGACAACACACACACAACUCACAAACACACACAAGCCUUGCCAAAGAUAGGACAACACACACACUAUCGCACGUCUCUGAUGAGCCACAACACACACACACACACACACAUGACAGCAACACACAUAUGUAUAUGCACACACACUAAACCAGAGGAGACAACAACACACACUACUUACAAGCGCACACAGCCCAUGCCAGAAAGAUGACAACACACACACACACGACAACAUGCACAAGCACACACUACACCAGAAGAGAUGAGUCACAUACACACACUCUAC